GUUUGAUGAGAAAAAGAAGCUUUUGACUGAUCAUGAUGCAGUGUUACAAACCAUUUCAGAGAAACUUGCUGAAUGUCAACAAUGGCAAGCCCAACACAAGGUACAAAAACCACUACCCUAGCUAAUGGAAAUUUUUAUUAUUCUUGUUGGAACAAGCCGAUAAACGUAAUCUUUCCAAUGACACCUCAACUUUUACAUGCAGGUCCAUGGUCCUUGUACGACGUGUGACGUUGUGACUGAUCACGACUCCAGAAAUAACUUAUCUUGCGUUGUAAAUAUGUUUGUAACCCCAAGAGCAAAAAAAGGACAAGUUUAAACGCAGUUGGACCAUCUUUUCUCCUUAGAAGACUAUUAGGGUUCUUGAUUACACUCGACCAGUCAAGUUUUUUAGUAAUCUAUGGUGGUAGCUAUUUUUAUCAUGUAAUGCUGUGUCCCUUCAAUGACGUUAAUGUAUUAAUGAUUGCUUUUCUCGCACCUUGCUCUUGCCGUCUACUUACGAACUGAUGUGUUUGUUGUUGAAAGGCUGCAAUGGUAACAGUUCAUGGACCACAACUGGCAUCUCUUGCUAGUGAACUUCUUCAGCCACUGGAUCUAGGUACAGUAACACGGGAAUGAGUAUUUAAUACCUGCCUUACACAGCGUGGGUAAAUCUAAAGUAGAAAGUCAUUUGCAACGCAAAGCAUGAAAGAAUAUUCAUUAAAAAAUAAAUAAACAGAGAUGCGCCCAGGCAGCAACAAGACAAAUUUGAAAGACGGAGUGGCUAAUAAGCACCCUGUGUGACAUAUUUAGGCUAAGAUUAUUUUUAGAAGAUGUGGUGCUAACCAACAGCUAUACUUUAAAAUCCCAAGAAUCUUGAAGCAUGCACUGCACAUGCCCGGCCCUCCUGGUGCAUAUUAUCCGUAGUUAGCAAUGGAAUGACUCAGUUGCGAAGCAGCUGAUACACGUAGCUGUCAUUUCAAACUUCCGUGACUAAGAUCUUUCAUUAUAUUGCCUCACAGGUCUUCCAAGUUUUGCUCCAGCCAUAAGCUUCCUUCAAGGUGCUGGCCAAGGGCACAUAGUGAACCAGGUGAUUGAAACAUUCAUCAAAAAAUGGUGCAUCAAUGCUUUCUUCCCUCCCCAACCCUCCAAAAAAAGCGAUUAAAAAUUGAUAACGGCGGCCGGUUCGACUCACAAGUUUCAGUAUACAUCCGUCCAGCCCGUCCAUAGUGCAAUGUAACAAUAUGUAAUGUAGUUCAAAAACCACUUCGGGUUUUUUUUUCUAUAGUAAUAACUUUAAACAGGAAUGUACCAGCUAAUACUGGUAAAUUUCCUCUGAUAUUGAUACUCAUGUUUGAUGAUCAGCUGGGACUGAAUCUUGGUGGCAUUGUCCCUUAACAGUCAAGGACGGACAAGUGCUCCCUAUUUUAAAGACGUAUGAAUUCACGAAUUGUAAAUUGAUUCCCUCCGCUGAUUAUUUCUUAAAAACGCUCCUAUAGCUGCUCUUUGAUUGGGUUUGUUUUAUCUAGUUUUGUGCUAAUGUAGGUCUUUUGUUUAUAUACAGUGUGAACAGCUGGAAACUGAACUGUCGGGCCUGCUUCACCAGCGACGCACCAUGUUCCGUACUUGUCUGGAUCUGCUCCAUACCUAUGCUACUGUGACAACUCUUGUAUGUGAUAAGAUUUGCGGCUUUUCAUUUAUUUCACUUUUAUACAGUAACGUAAAACCUUCUGGGUUUGAUGAUUGUUAUAUAAAGAUUGUGAAUAUCCCAAUGAACAUAACAUACUCAGCUUAUUAAUCUAAGAUGUGGUUUGUCUGCAGUUUCCGCCUGAUUAUGUACAACAGAACAGGAGUUACGAGUGGCAGAGCUGGCUUCAGUCAAUAGUACAAGAUUCGUCAACAAAGAAGUACGAGUGAAAUAACAUUUUGUAAUAUUAGGGUUUUGUUUUGUUUUUGAAAGAAGAUAAGCGUGCGUUAACCCUUUAAGCCCUAAGAUGAUCGGCAUGAAAUUUCUCCUUACAAUAUCAAUGCUUUAGAAAACGAAGUGGUCUUGAGAAUUGAGUACAUGAUCAGGGAAGAUGAGUCUAAUUGAUAUUUCAACACAUUCCCCCCACUACUAUAUGGACAGUACAUGAGAAUCUCAAUUUCAAUAUUAGGGUUUAAAAGGUUAACUGGUCUCAACUUAAUCAUUAUCUCCCACGGUAAAGAAAUGUGACAUGUGACUUGACUUGAGAAAGUUAGCGUGGAUAAAAAAUCUCACGGUUCUCCUUUUUGGAUGGGUGCUGUAUGAUGUUGUCCUUAUGGAAUAAAGGAUUCAUAUUUUUCCUAUAGUUGCCAGGCUGUGUUAGAGACAAGUGAAAAGGUACAUAGUAAGCCGGUAGCUGACAGUCCUCUGACUCUAGCAGAAGUAACUGGGUUUAUGGCCAUGGAGGUGAAACUACAGAGUAGUUUGACUGAGCAGAAUGCCAAGUUUAUCAAGGUAGUUACUGUUGAUAUUUUUUAUAACCUUUCUCUCUCAGACUAAGUAUCAUCCAGUGUUUUGGGCCCCUUUUGCACAUAUACGUGUUGAGUCUAAGGUGAAAAUCAUAGGGCUGUUUGCCUUUACCAUUUAAAGAAAACGCUUUCAGCAGUGCGUUUGUAUAGUACUAUUUGGUUCGUUUGGUAGCGGUUUUUACAAAAUUAUAGAUAAUAUUGUGAUCUUAUUGCGUAUUUUCUAGUUUUCUGAGCGGCGAAAGCAAGAAAGUGUUGAGACAGCAUUCCUCAGCAAAGCUGUCGGUGAAGCAUAUGCAGCUUUGAAGAAACAUCUUACCGGUAAGAUUGCUUAGAAAAUCAUUGCUGUGUAUAGCACAAUAUACUUGUGAAAAUUCCAUGAAACACUAGGCUGAAACUGAAGAUUUCUUAUGCCAUGCCUUCUCAACUAACUUGGCCAUUUUUUCUUUCUGUAUACUCCCUCUCUCCUUCCCCAAUCUUGAGAAUAGCUUUUAUUUGCAAAUGGCUAACACGUGAAUCAACAUUGGCGAGGGCGUAACGGAAGUAACGUGACAAGUGUUUCAACAAAUGUGGCAAAUGUUGUAGAUAAGGCAGUAGUCAUCUGGAGAAAGGCCAAAAACAUCCCUACUAUGCUACUUAUGUCCACAAGAAUGAGUUUAACUUUGUCACCUCAAGUGAUGCACAAAUCCGCGAUGUAUUAUCAUUAAUCGCAUAGAUUUGGCAUACCUCAUGAAUUUCCCAGUAGAGUUGCAUUUUGUUAUUUAGGAGUGUUGUGGUUCUUGUAACUAACAGAUAUAUUUGACACUGUUUUACAGGGAAGCAGCAACCCACAUCUUUUCGAUGUCUUGCUUGUGUACUGAUUACUGCACUGUGCUCUCUCAAUAAAAGGUGUCUGGCAAUGGAGAACACAGCAAAAGGUUUGGAAACUAAGAAAUAUAUAACCAUUUUUCCAAAAGUAAAUUUUGAGGCUUGCAUAGCUAGCAGAUGUGGCUGUAUUCCUUAUUGAUUUUGUUGUUCAAAUCAAAAAUUCAAUGCAAAGAGAUUUGGAAAGUCCCGCAAACUUUUCGGAAACCAUCCUAAUACAUCUCGACUCUGAAGAUGACUACCGCACAGGUUGUCGAAACGUCAGUCACUGUCAACAACAACAGUCCUAUUCAGGACGAUCAAACUCAACCUACUUUUGAAAUGACUCCUGGGCUCAAACCUUUCACACAUCUCUUUUUGUUUUUGUCACUAAUAUUUGGAGCCUCGUUUCGAUUAUGAGGCUGACAACGUGCUCCGUAAAUAGUUGGGGAGAUAUUAUACCUAAUCUAGGGCUAGAUGGGUUUCGAAAGCGUUUGACGGAACUAUCUAAAUUUCGUCGGAGUAUGAAGAAUUGUUUCUUUUCCAUUGGUGGCUCAUUAUAUGAAUCUCCAUUCUCUUUAGCAAUGUUGCGCGCAAUAUUGCAGGCAAUGUUGCACUAUAUUGGGUAUUGUUGCAGAUUCAUGUGAAUACGGGUCAUUAUGAGACGAAUAAUCUUACUUAUUUGGUGAUGUUGUGAGACGUGAUAUUAAACAGCAUCAUUCAGUUGACAACCAGUAUUGUUUUUCGUAUAGUGGCCAAGGACAGAUUAUCUGAUCUGACAUCAAGAGAAGGAGACUGGUUUCUUGACGAGCUUUGUUCCAUGAGUGGUAAUGUUAAUCAGCUUCUCUUGCUGCUCAAGGAUUACCCCUUGGUAAGUGAGAGGCAAAUUUUUACUCUUGAAUUCUUGGUGGCACGCCAAAUGAGCCCUUUGCAGUUAAAGAGGCACGUGUUACGAAAACACUUCGCUGACUUCGUCCGGGACCUUGAAAAGAAAGGAAAUUUGUAUGUGUAAUCAAAUAGUGACGAGUGAUAUUAGGGAAUAAUUUCACUUAAUUUCACGAGUAUACAAUUUGAUUACCUAUUAAUAUCAUGGGUGACGAAUUACGUUAGCAAUCUUGGAUUUUUUACAUGUUUAUCCUGUAUCGUAUCGACCGAGAACUCCACUCUCUCAAAUGUUUAGACCCGUUUGGCUUAUAAAGUUCAGAAUUUUUCAGCCUUUUUCGGCAAAAUACCUGUUAGAGUCCUUGAUGUUCUCUUGUGUGUUCAGGUUUUCUAAAGCGUCUUUUUGUGCCCUGACAUCUCCAUUCACGGCAUUUUAAAACUUCGUCGCCAUCUUGACACUGAGACGUAUGAGAGGGUUGCCAUGGCAAUUUUGUAAUUUCCCAUGUGAAAUUACAAAUUAACGCUGAAAUUUCGCGCCAAAAUUAAGGAGUAAUUCGUCACCUAUAAAAUUAGCUUAUUAAGUAAUUCUAGCUCUUUGUUUCCUUUGCCCCAUUUCGUCUGUUGCUCUCCGGCAUGGUGAUUUUGUCCCAUGCGACUGUUUAGCUGCUAAGGACCAAAUCUCCUCUUCAUACGCAUACACGAGACAACUUGGAAGGAAAUUCUUGGCAGUUUAUCUUAAGUCCUCUAAGGCUAUUUUCCACUCACCUCUUCAAUUAAAAAACCUUCAGAGUUGUAAAACAUAAAAGCUGUUUUGGUCUUGCUGUACCCCAAGAAUCCAAAGCAUGUACUACAUGCUCGUCUUUUCUUUGGUAACAGGAGGUGAAAGAGGAUCAACAGUCUUUGUUAAGCCGGGCGCAGAAUUCCAUGAAAGCUGUCUUGGGAGUACAGAAAGUGUUUGUGGCGUUGCAGGUACAGAAAGAUCUUCAAUUUCAGUUUUUUUUUUGUUGCCUAACCUUGUGAAUGAAUUUUUUUCAGUCCAAAGAAUACUAUGUUGACUGAUGCUGUUUGAUCAAUAGGAACUGAUGACAAAUUUCAGGACAAUCAUUGUUCCAGAGGCAGUAAAAAGUAUCUACGCCGAGGAUCCAACUGUCUUUGCUGUUGUCCAACAGCUCGAAAAGGUGGUAUGCUCACAAAAGAUGAGUUUGAAAGAACUGGCUGACAGCAUUGAGGCUCGUCUCCUGGAAAAACAUGCAGCGACCGAGGUUGGUUGACUUAACAUAAAGGGACAGAAAAUAAAAUUUAUUCUUUUGCCUUCAGCCUACGACGUCAAUUAUUUAGAGAGGCUUGAAACGAAGCUGCGAGGCUGUCAGUCUGUAGAGAUGUGCACAUCUUUGAAAAUGUAAUUUCUGUUAAACCAAUCGAAGGUGAUUUUAGUCAAGAAAACAUUCACUGUCGUUCUUAUCUCUAAGACGCGUACUGACCGGCCCCAAGUGUCCGCCCGCUAAACUUCGAAAACGUACAUCAUCCUCCCUCCUAACAUGGCAACGACGCAGUUCCCUUAGAUCCACCAAGCACCUUUAAUCCAUAGCUAGAUUGAUCUUUUUUAUUCGAAUCCAUUCUUUAAUCGGUUUUAUUGUAGAAGUUGAAGGUAAUGCAGACACCAAAUUAGUUGUAUACCUCUCUCUUCUGCCAUCGUUUUCUCUUGCACUACAUCUCUUCCGCUACCCCAUAUUGUCGUCUUCAAAUUUUUGUAACUUACGCUGAUUUUGUUGACCCUUUUUUUAGGUGCAUAGUGCGGAGGAGGUCGAUACAGCAAUCCAAGAAAUAAGUGCUGAGUUUGAGAAGCUGUUACAUACCAACAAAAACUCCGGAUCAGAUUCAGGUAGAUUAGAAAUAUAUCAUUGAAAAUAACACACCGCUUUGCAAUUACGUUUUCCAUCUACUCGUGUCUGAAGCAUCACUUGCCCUGUAUGUCCUAAUGUUUGAUUUUAAGGUGUACUUUAUUCUAUUAACUUCCUUUCAUAUAACGGCAGAGACGGCUUUAAAUGUUAAUCCUGUGUGUGAGCGUACUAACAAGGCAAUGUACAAUUUUUUAUAACCCUUGACCUAGCUUGCACAGUCAUUUUCAGUUUGCAGUUCAGUUAGAGCGAUUAAAUACAGCUUUGUCAGGUUCUCCCUUAAUAAGUGUAUAUAGUGUGUGGUCACCAGUGUUCUUUGCGAGAUAGCAUUUCACUCGAAUCACAAAGUGUCCAGUGUCCGUCUUAAGUGGGCAAAUUGAAGAAAAAAAUGUUCGAGGUCUUUUCCAUGACAAAGACUAUCCGUGUUAAGCCCAAAGUGGGUGAUGGCAUUAAUCAGGUAUUCCUAAAAGUGAUGUUACACGGGACGAUUUUCAAUGGUGAUUUUUAGCCCAGCACAACGUUGCAGUGUUGAAACAGUGUUGUAACUAUUCGAAACAAUGUCGCAACAAUCAUGCAACGCUAUGUUGCGCAAAAAAUCGUCGUUGCGAAUCGUCUCUUGUAACAUUACCCUAAAGAGAGGUUCAACUGUUAUGGAAAUGUUAGAAAACCUUAAUAAUAAUGGCAAUUUUCGUCCUUUGUUUUCGGUUAUAAGGCGAGGACAGUAGCGGCUCCAUGACUUCAGGUCAGAUGUUGCUUGCAGGCUUCAAUGGACUCUUCACCAAAGUUGCGGGUGAACUUACAGACAUGUUCACGUCUUUUGAACAAGUGCACUUCGAUAAGUUUGAGCUGCAGUUUGAUAUUGUUAAAGACGCACAAGAUCUUCAGGUAAGGUUUUUCUUAAUAACGUGUAUUACACGGGAUAAGCGUAUUCCAAGCAAUUUUCAUGACUUUGUUUAUGUCACCAAUUGGUGCAGUGCGCCAGAAGAUUUUGACAUGUGUAUAAAAUUCACUACUGCCAUUUUAAAUUAUUUAUAUCUGUUCACCUCAUCAUUGGCGUAUUGAAUUGUUCCGAAGUUGGCACUUACAGUGAGUUAUUCUAAGGGCCUGUUUACAUGGAGUGGGGGACCCCGGUCUAGUGGGGUAGGUUUCUUUUGUUUUGUGUCCCUCAGAGCGUGAAAACAAAAGAAACCAACCCCACUAGACCGGGGUUCCCCACUCCAUGAAAACAGGGUCUAACUUGGAUAAGAAGGGGGGAAAGACAGUAAUAAAAAAGAGAUGCAUUCUUCUCUUUCAAAACCUUAUCACCGUACAUCGAACUCACCAGUCCACAGACACUUCAGUUGAAAGAAAAGUACUCGCUUCUGAUCGGCUAACGAAUUAUCAAAGUAAGAUUCCCUUUGUCGUGAACAUGUCUCGUGACUUGUCGAUAAAAGUUGGUUAACCCCCUUUAAGUUCGUUGUACUGUAACAAUUCGUGAUGUCUAUGUAUCUACUACUUGCGAAAACAAACAAGUAUGUACUAUUUGUGAAAACAAACCAAAUUGAGUUAGCAGGUAGAUUUUAUCUUUUUAAAUAAGGCGCUAAAUCUCACAAAUGUACCAACAGGCAACUAAUAGAAGUAAGAAAAGACAGAUCUGUUACCUAUUUCGUGCGACACGUGCUGCGUAUUUGAAACGCUAUUUGCGCUUGUGCUAAGAAGUUAAGAUGAGUUGUUUUGUAUACUUUAAAGUACAGUGAUGCUAUAACUUUAAUCUACCGGUAUUCUGAAAUACUUUUUUUCUUUGUCUCUUUUAGCUGACAAAUGGUACUAAAAAUGCUGAGCUCCUCGGCAAGCUGUUCUUCCUCAAAAGGCUGGAAGUUAUCAUUUCGUUCUUCAAGAGCUGUAGGCUGCUUACACUUUCUUUGAAAGGUACCUGAACUAUCCCUGUUUACAAUUUUGACGUUCUUUCCUAAGUAAAGACAAAACAGUGAAAAUUAGAAGGAAAACAUGUGAAAGGGAUAGUGCAACCUGUGGAAAGUGGUAAGCAAGCAAUCUCUAGCCAAGGCUUAGGUUAGAUAAACUCCAAGUACUUAAAAGAUCAAGGAAAAAUUUGAUUUACCCUAAUUCUUGAUAUGUUUAACUGAAGAACUAUAGCCUUACUCAAAAAUCUUUUGCAUUCGCUUGUUACAAUUCGUUUUUUUGUUAUAAGGACCUAUUCGUUGUGGUGUGAGUUGUUUUGCUAAGAUUGUUUUAGCUUCUUCCGACCCGGAAAAGGGUGUCCUUGUCCGCGUACAAGGUGUGCCUUGUUAUGGGGGUUUUAGUAUUAAAAUAUAUGGGGACCGCAGUCAACUGUCCUGUAGCAGAGGUUCCACUGUUUUGACCAGAGUUCAUUAAUCUGAGCCACAAGUUAAUUGUGCCUUGAUUUUACUCUGGUUUAGGUGUGUCUAGUUCAGGGAGCAAACAAGGAGCCAUAAAUUGUUCAACAAAAGCUUCACACAACUUGUUCGUCAACACAAACAACAUAUGUGCUGAAACCAAAACAUGGAACCCAGAGACUUGUUACAGUGAAGAUGAUCUGGCUUUGCAUGUCAAGCAUCUCAUAGCUGAUUGCGUGCAGCAGUGCAUCAUGGGCUUGCCAUCACAGGCGUUAGCUGUAGUGGUCAUCACAUUCGCCAGCAUCCUGGGAAAUAAGAAUGAGAGUUCCAGUGAUGAAGGUGCUGUUUCUCUGGAGGAUCACUGCAAGAAGGUAGGUACCUUUACGAGGACAGUAAGGAGACGGUGUGGCUGAAUAGCUUCGGACAGUAGAUUCCAACUUCCGGUUUUAAAUCCUACUUUGGCUUGGUUGGGGUAGUUCAGUUUCUGUUGCCUUCGGUUAAACUCCUCGGUGAUGCCUGUCACUUGCCUGCCUCCAGCCUGUUAACAUUCCUUCUUGUUGUUUUAAGCUAGCCUUUACCUUCCCUUCUCCCCGCGAUUUUUUCACACUUUCCCCCAAACAGAGAACCUGUUCACAGGCUAUUUUAAGUUUAUUGCAAUAUUUCUCUCUAUCCUCAUCAUUUUUCAUUUGCAUACUUCAUGGCUAAAUGUAACCUAGUACUACGGUUAGCACUUAUGUUUCUGUUGUUAAAAAGGAUCAACUUUGUUUGAAAAUAAAAUCAACACUUUUCUGUUUGGUUUGCUAGGUUGUUGAUACCAAUGUGUCCAGUGGGUUUAUAAAAUCAAAACAGCUCUCCCAAAUGAGUACUUUGACAAGUUCCUAUGAUGUGGCGUGGAGAAAACAUGAUUUUGCUAAGUAUGUAACGGAUGUUAUCCCUUACAAUGUUUCUCGUUCAUGGCGAGUGUAACAGCUACAUACUGCAUAUUAUAGGGUUUUUUUGCAUGGUAGUCAUUAAAGACAUAACCAAAUCUUUGAUUGUGUAAGAUACGGCCGAGCUUUUGAAACCCAUCUUGUUUCAAUGAUAACAUCACUUCUGUGCGGCCCUUAUUCUGGUGAUGAGGAUGCAAGUUCGCUUAUUAGGGAACGGGAGGAUAGUCAGGAUUGCCCUGGUUGGGUUUCAUCACAACUCCUCGCCAGUAAUGUAACAGUUAUCAUUUUGUUGACCGCACAGGAAGACGUGAUACAUUUUUUAAAAAAGUUCUUAGUCACUUGUUUAUCAGAAUAAAUGGUAGACUCUUUUUAACGCUCGGAUUUUAUUUUACCUUCGAGUUGCUAACAAUGCUAAUUAGUAACAGAAAAAAGCUGGAAUAAGUCGAAACUGUUAUUUUGAUAUUCCUCCUUCACUAAAGAAUUUAAAACCUACACUUUAUGACCAAUAUUUACGCCACAGUCUGAGAAUCAGGCUUCUCUUUUCCCUCUCUCCACGUUUUGUCUUUUCAAAUUUCCCCUUUUUUGUACCCCUAAGUAAGACCUGAUGUUAAGGUUAUUUACGCCACAGGGACAUUCCAGUAAAACUCGGCACCUACUUUAACAUAUGUAGUUGUUAAUGAAUCUUGUUCCUCUUUCAGACGCCUGGAUAACAACAUGAACAUAUACAAAGGUGUCGUACAGAGGGCACAACUUCAACUAGCAAGAUUUCAGGUAACGAUUAUUGUCUAAGGUUGAAUUUUUCAGGAUGUUUGAUGGGAAAAUCCAUGGUUCGUGAACGCAUUGUGUUUAUUUUUAAAACCGCAUCGAUCUAUUUAUAAUAAGGGUUCCAACUUUUACUUUGAAAAAAGCUGGGUAAUUGUGUAUGAAAAUGCAUUUUCGAGAUUCUAUUUCGGCUGUUAGGUACAGACCGUACUCCUCUUUUUCCCGCAUACUGAACGAACUUUUUAUUAAGUUUGUCAGUGAAAUGAGUGAUCCCAGGAACUGAGUGCCAAUACUCCAUAGCUGCUGACUCUCAUGGCCCCAGUCACCUCAUGUGACCAGGCUCUUUCGUCAACUUAGGAAGCAAAUUUAAGACACUUGCCUCUCAGUGAUAACGUUUCUACAACAGCAUAAUUGCCCCUUGUAAAGUAUAUUUGUCUGUGUGUUAUGUAUCAUUAGUGGCUGUAUGAAGAUGAAUUGUUACAGUGUCCCAUGCGAGGAAACAACAUGAUCACACCAGCUAGGGCAACAGUUAUGGCUGACCUAAAGAAGCGUGUUCAAGGGUUGCUUCACAUGGACUCGCUCAUCAAGGCAGUGGAAGAGAAAUUUAAUGCACAGGAAUCCAGUAUAGAACAGCGCCUCAAGUGGGCGGCCGGUGCGAACCCCGCCCUGAAUCCAGUGCUGCAGAACUUCGAGCAGACACUAGCUGCGAGGAAGAAGCUAAUGACUGUAAGUUCAUGGUGAUGUACAGGCUGUAGUAUUCCAGUCCAUAAUUGACCAGCCUUAGACUGUGAGCCAACUCUGUGUUUUUACCAGUGCAUGCAUACCACAGUUUUUUUUGUUCACCUCGUCAUUUUGCAGACCUACCUUGAAGAGGAUCUGGCUUUUUUUGUUUGAAGUGUUGUGCAUAUACCAUGUAUCUAGAAAACGCAUUUAAGCGUAUUCCAUGUUAAGAAUAUUUAUCAUUGCGCCUUGUUAGUUUCUAAUUAACCCUUUCAGUGCCAAGUGUGGCCAAGGGCAAAAUGCAACAAAAAUUCCCAAAUUUGGUUUUGUAAAAUUUUGGAAACAAAUAGCACCAUUUGAAAGUACAGGCAGAAAGGUUUCAUUUGAAUGGUCACAUCAUAGGAUUUUGUCCACAGACUCAAAAGUUAGAACUACCUCAGGGACUUCAACAUUCACUCUGGCAGUGAAAGGGUUAACGUGCGCGUUUGUCGUUUCCAGGUUGAAGGAAAACAUUCUUCAGACAUAUGUAGCUUGUCAAAUGCCAUUCUACACUGUGAGGCGUUACGGACACAAACAGCAGAUGCUCUUGCAAUAGAUAAUGCUAUGACUGGCUUGGUCAAAAGGUAAUUAUUCUUGAGUAAUAUCAUAGGUGACGAAUUACUCCUUAAUUUUGACGCGAAAUUUCAGCGUUAAUUUGUAAUUUCACAUGUGGAAUUACAAUAUUGCCAUGGCAACCUAACGUACGUCUCAGUGUCAAGAUGGCGACGAAGUUUUAAAAUGUCAUGAAUGAAGAUGUCAGGGCACAAAAAGACGCUUUAGAAAACCUGAAUACACGAAGAGAACACCAAGAAGGGUUCUAACAGGUAUUUUGUCGAAAAACUCUGAACUUAAGCCAAAUUUAAGCUCUAAACGUUCGAGAGAGUGCAGGAGUUCUUGAUCGAUACGAUCCAGCUAUUUGUACAGUUUUUAGGUUCUAACGAUUGCAUUAAGCAGUGGGUACUAUAAUUAUCCAUUAGUUUACCAUAUGAGCACUUUAAUAAGGGAUUAAAGUGAGCAGUGGUAAACUUUACACAUACUAAUUUGUGCAGUUUCCUUUUUGACGGAGAUUGUCCUCUAAUUAAAUCUAAUUAUGCGUAACCUAAGAUCUCGCAAGAAUACGGAGAAAGAAAAUUCUCGUUUAUUUGCUUGUCUAUUAAAUUUUGGAAAAUUAUUAGUUUUUACUUGAAAGUUCUGAAAAUAUAGUAACGUUCGUAGGGCUGGUGUUCACGACGUCCGCUUUUCAAUCUCUAUACGGCUGCGUUUUCACCUUCCUUCCGAGUGUGACGUCUUACUGAGGACUUCAGCACCCUUCGAUUAGUAUGUCUCUUUUUGAACUUGGAAGGUUGUUAUUGUUUUGUUCAUAAGACGUUUCGUUUUCUGUCGCUGUCGUUUUGUAAGCUCUCUCAUCUCAUUGCAAAUGGGUGUUACUCCAAAGACAGUUUUAAAUAAAUGAUCACACUGUAUGAUGUUUGUCCGGUCCCGGUAUUAGGUGACGGCAUAUAAAUUAAGGACUCUUCGAUUGAAAACUAUGACGUGGUCUAAGGUCCACAAUCUCUUUACUAUCAUCCGUCAGCCCUGAUUGUACACUUAUUUUUAGAGUCAUGCCACCAAAAAAGGGGAAACAAAAAACGUUGAACUUUAAAGUCGUCCGAAUGUAUGUUACUCAACAAAAUCUGUUGUCCACGCUCUUUUGCCUUAGAUUCGACAGAGGUUAAAAGAACUUUAUUUUUAUUAAUUCUAUUUGUUGCUUUCUCUUUAGAUGUCAGCAAAGCUCUGCCGAGCUAGAGAACUGUUCGAAAAAGCUUCAUGACAUUGCAGAGGUUGCAAAGAAAGUGAAGGUGUCAUAUCCGCCAGAAGCACCCAUUACUUUGGAGUGGAUGAAGAACAAGUUAGAGACCGUUGGUCAGGAUGUGGCCUCCAUCAAGACUAGGAAGUCACAGGCUACCCAAGCCAUCAUGAGUAAUAGAGUAAGUUGAUCAAAGAUAGGCAGUAAAUGAAUGAAAGUAGUGAAGAAUUAUAGAUAAAACGAUGUUUACUGAAGUAAAAUCUCAAACGUUUGGGAACACUUGCUGAACGUUAUUAAGAAGAAAGUGGCACUUCCAGUGGCUGCCUAUUUACCAUUUGGAGGAUAUGGAGGAUAUGCAAGUUGCGGUUAGUAGACUGGGUCUCCCGGAACAAGAUUAAAGACUUUUGUGCAGAUGCGCAGGAAAACGUCAACUGUAUGGAGCCCUAGUAGCUAUAGUCCAUUUGAGUGAUUGUUUGAACAGAGAUACAGUCAACUCUCUCUUAACGGACACCUCUAUAAGACGGACACCUCUCUAUAACGGACACCUAGAGUUGGUCCCUUCCUUUCUUUACUCCUUUUAUUUGACUCUCUAUAAGAUGAGCACCUAGAGUUGCUCCCUGCCUUUCUUUACUCCCUUUGUUUGACUCUCUAUAAGACGGACACUUAGUACCGGCCCCAGAGGUGUCCGACUUAGCGAGAGUUGACUGUACAGUGGAACCACGUUAUAAAGAAAUUAUAUAUAUCACGAAGUCCUCGCCAUAACGAGCGAUAUUCUUCACCAAAGCAAUAGUAAAACAUGAAAAAGAAAACCUCGAAAUGGCGAUCACAUUUUGCCAAUUCGCCUUUCGUUAUAUCGUGGUUCCAUGUAAUCAUUUCAUCUUUCCUAUCAUCCGCCAGGAAUCCAUCAAGUCACAGGCCAGUACAGUGAAGACCGUUAUGGUGUCCCAUCAGCAGCUCAUUGGUGAAGUGAAAUCUAUGCUCACCACAAUGGCAAAGGUAAGGUUUUCAUUUCUCAGGUAACGUUCAUAUUUUGUUGUAAUAAUUUAACUGAUGGAGCCCAUUCCUUAUAAGCCCGGUUGUUUCCCUUGGGCGUCCUCGCCAUGAGCUUUUUAAAUACCUUAUUCUAGAAAAUUGACAAUGCACUUUAUUAACGCGAUUUUAAAAAAUUUCGCUAGAUCAUUUACAGAGGCAUAACCUGAACAUUAUCAUAGGUAACAAUGACUGCAAAUGCUUCUUUUUCUCCUUGACAUAUAUGUAUGUUGAGAUUUUGUAAGUGCAGCAAAUUUGUGUUGAAUAAAGUAAGAUGUUCAUCGAAAAAUUCGCGUUAAUUUAAUGCAUGUAAACUUAACUUUUGAAAAGUUCGCGUUAAUUUAGUGUAACGUAAAUUUUUUUCGCGUUGUCAACUUGCAUUGUUAAUUUCCUAGAAUAAGGUAUUUAGAUUUUCUUCUUUCUGUAAAUCUUAUGGCAAAACAAUAAACUGAACUGAACUGAACUGAACGUGUAACAAGAAGCAUGAUACAAUUCGAGUUCCGCAAUUGAGAGGCUUUUCUUAUGAUUGUUUGUAUUGGUUCAGGAUGAAGAGGCUGCAGAGUCCCGCCCAGCUAAGCUGUUUAUAUCAACACACAACCGCCAAUCAGAGGAGUGUUCUCAGCUUAUUAAGAGCAUCUUAGCAGGUGUGUGCACAUUUCACUUCAGCAGUUCCUAGUUACUCACGACUGGGUAGACACUUUAAAGCUUGCUUUAGUUUGCAUGUAUUAAGUUCCCUUAGAGAUACUUCUUGCAAUUCUUCACGAACUGAAUAAUCUCCAUGUUGUGUUUCUCUAUUUUAUAGUGUGUUCUGGAAAGAUCAGUGAUGGAAGGGACAACUUAGAAGACAACAUAAUGGAAGUAAAAGCCAUGGGGAAGUCUAUCAAAUCUCUGGUGCAGUGGUAAGUUAUGCCCCAUCCCUGUACAAAGCAAACCAGUUUUCCGCCCUUUGCCUGCUAUGUAUCGAGCCUUUAGUUCAAUCAUUAAUAUACCGCAUUAGCUAUUUCUACUUACCAUUUGUGUUGCUUGUGCCACUGGGAGGCGUCGGCUUCGUCGACAAGAGAUCUGGGUACGAGAUUAGGUAAUAACGAGGGUGGGGUGGGUGGGGUGGGUGGGUGCUCGAAAGAAACAAGAGCAGGAAUCCACUAUGAUUAUCAGACGUUCAAAACAAGUGAAAAUCAGCUGAUUGCAAGUAGCUUGAUUUGUACAUAGCUAAAUUCCUCUAAGUUGAACUUAAAAUUGAAUCACAUGUGGUUUCAAGUCGCCUAACGCCCUGUUUAAACGUCGCAUUUCUCAUGUACCGUCUCUAACACAAAUGAGCGAGAAGAAUACAAUUUUCUCGCUAGCAUUAAAUUUGGCACAUGUGAAAUGCGACGUUUAAACCGGACCUUAAGCACAAUAGCCUCUCACGCAGAGGUUUUUAGGGCUUCGUCGCAAACGCAUGUUCCUUCCCUCCUUCCUUCGUGAGGAAGGAAUGCGCGGAAACCCUAAGAACGUCUGCGUCGGAGGCUAUAGAUACAUUCACAAAAUCAGUGAAUGUGAAGUGACGUAACUGGUGAGACCUGUCCUCUCCUCUGGGUAGUUUGUUUUUUGGUUCUUAGUUCUAUACAUCAAUAUUUGUUUAUUAUUUGUAGGGUUCAUGACCACCUUCUGUCACUGGCUUCACCUCUUGUUCCUGAUGAUUCUGGUUCCAGUGGAGGAAAAACACCCAUUGCAGCUCCACCACCCACAUUUGCAUCAGGUAACUAAUAACUUGAACUAAAUUAUUUUCCCUUUGUCAGCAAUAGUCUCUCCACAACUGUGAAAUAUAUGCUUUGUACAACAAAAAUGCCACGAUAUUGUCUUCUUUAGGAAGAAACCCUCCUAAUCCCCUCUCUCUAUACACCCAGGUGUGUAAAAGAACCCUACUUGUGGGCAGUAGCCUCAUACCUCUUUUAAACCUAAAAUGUUAUAAUUUGAACCCAAUUGUGUUGCAGUUCUGUUGUUUUAUUGCUAGGUUCCAUUGUUAAGUGCCAAUAGUGACCAACUUCAAUUUUCCCCUGACAAUGUUAAUACAUUGUUAAGAGAUAAGGUUAUGAGAAUUAGUUGAAUGAUCACCAAAGAGAAAAUGCCGUGAUCUUUUAUUAAAUUCUCUCAACUGAUUCUUAAAGAAAAUCUAUAGAGUUCAGUUUGGAGAAUUUGUAUGUGGAUAUUAGGGCUUAGUGGGUUAACUUUGUUCGUUCAUUGUCAUCCCAACCAAUCCUGUGAGGCCUUGUUACUGCUGCGAGGAACCUCCCUUGGCGAGGGAUGCGGUACUAAAUGCUAAUGUUUGGCAAUUUGUUGUAUUUUAAAUCAAAGUACUGUAGUUCUCUUGAUGAACCUUCAGUAAUUGGUGUGGCGUUGUGUAAAGUGAGUCUAUUGCAUUUCUCUUAUCCUUCAGCUCUUCGCCAAGGUGGCAGUGUUGCUGUACAAGGUAGUAAAGAUCCUGUGGCAUCAGAUAGUGCUGUCUCUUCUCAUCCAGUUAUCCUACAGAGGGACAUGACAGCCAGUCCAUCCGGCGGCGCUGGUUCACCAACUGCUUCGUCCAGACAGAUGGCAGUGGCAAGCCCUAAACGAUUAUCAACCACAAAUCUGGCAAGAGACCCCAGAACGGGAAAAGGUACAUGUCUACUUGUAGUAUGAGCCAGAGUAGUAUUUAAGCAUUGCGUUUCGCACUGUGUGUGUGUAUGUUUGGUUAAGAAUUGUGAUGUUUUGAAUGAUGGGGUUCAUUCGUUUUCUCGAACUCGUUAAUAGUUGAUAAAGUGAAAAUAAAGGAUAUCACCACCGUGAAGGAGAUUUAUUUUAGCUUUGCUGUGCUUCAUUUUUGCCACCCACUUCUCAGGGUUUUGAUAUUGGGAGAAACAUUGUGCGUUAUGUGUAAAGAGGAAAGUCCUAUUUGCUUUGUGGCUCAGGUACGUCUUGUUAGUAUCUCAAGACCGUCAUUCCCAAAAAUCAGUAAAGCUUAGGACAUACUGGUGUAAAGAAUGACGAUAGUGGAGACUUUUCAUAGUAGCUAAAAGGCAACAGUAGCCUGUUACAUCCCGCACAUGCGAUGGUCGUUAAUUGUGAUUUUUUGUAACAGCUCUUCAAGAGAGGAAUACCUAUGCCAUCAGUGUAUGGCGACGCGUGAAGUCUAAGCUGGAUGGCAGAGAUCAAGAUAAUAACAAAAAAAUGUCCAUUGCAGACCAGGUUAGUGAACUGUUCACCUGUCAUUUGAACUGUGAACAAACUCUUGAUCGAGAAACUUUAAGGGUGUGAAAACAGGAUUUCUCUUCUGUGGCUAAGACGGAAUGGUGGGAGGGUAUGGUCGACUUAGCGAAUUGGCCAAGAUUACGCUUUGUUCUUGCUUCACUACGCUCUUGAAUAUUGCUUGCCCAUUCACUCAUAACAGUGGUCAAUAUGAAGAUUUAAGAAAAUUCAAAAUUUUUGUUUUUUUAAAGAAGCGAAAUAUAGUACUACUUGAGAGGAUUCGUUUAAAGGGUAACACUAUACAGGAUUGUAUCCAUAGACGCAAACGUUACAACAACAUUUCAUCCCUCUGUAACUGACCUGCAUGAGAAAGAAGGGGUUAAAAUCGCUUAUGAUCUAAAUGAAAAGGACUAAAAAUACUUUAUUCCGUGAUUGUUUAGGUUGACUUUGUAAUCCGUGAGUCACGAAGCUUGGACAAUCUGAGCCAGAUGUAUGAAGGCUGGACAGCAUGGGUGUGAAACCGCAGUGCCAAAGGAAAGUAGUGAACAAGUUCCACUCUACCGAGACAUAACUGAGAUGGCCAACCACAGCCAUCGUUGUAGCAUCAAAGCGAGCCGUAAGUCGGGAAGCAUUACCAAGGCUGCAUACUGGAGUGCGGCUAACAACAGCAUUUAUUUAACAAUGCAGACCGCAGGCCCGAGGUCUAUUUUUCGAUGCUCUUUCAACCAAGAUAGAUUUUGAAACGAGGUUCUGGCUUCAGUGGUUUUGGCAAACGACUUGGUUGAAUUUAUUUGAAACAUCCGUCAUUAGUGCCUGUCUUAUAAGGUAACUUACUCAGUGGCUUGUAACUCAUAUCUAAAUGCUUGCUCCCUGUCACACCCUUUCCAAAUACUAAGCAAACAUUUAGUACAAGGCGAUAAGUUACUUAAACACCUUAUAAACAUACGUUGGUCAUGGCCAGCUUCACUUUUCCAUAUGUUAAUCCUUUUAUCUUGUAGAAAGCAGAAAAACUCAAUACGAUUAACUCUACUUUUUGCUGCAGCCAGUGACCCUAGAAAUACCUUUUAGCAUUUGCUUUAGCAUCUUAAGAGGGAACUGGCAAAGGUCAUCAAAGGAUUGAAAAUUGAAAACCAUUUUUGAUGAUGCGUUAGUGGUACGUGGCUUAUUAGUUUCAUAGUGAAGCACAUAUGCUCCACCUGUUGACUGAUGACAGGGGAAUGAAUAGAGUAUUAUGUGAAACACAUAAUGUUUAGUGCUUUAAUAGUAAGCAUACUAUCUACUCAUCUUUAGAUCUAAAGUAACUUAAAUGCAGCACACAAGUUCACCAGUAGACUACUUGUCACCUUAAGCAGUGCUGCCCAAGAACAUCCGCGUUAAAACAACUGGUGAAGUUUUCUGUUUUGAUUUCUCUUAGAGAGAGAUUUUAUUGUCUUGAUUCAAUUCUUUCUUUGCCGAACUCAAAGUGCGUUGCGCUGCGUUUCUAAAUUUGAAUAGAUAGAUCAAAUGAACAGCAGUGAAAAAUGCCCCUUUUUAAGUAUUUCAUAUGUGCGGUAUUUAGGGCUCGCACUACUCACAGAAUGCCGGAAAAACUCCUGGAUUCUUGUUAGUCCUAUUGAAACAUCUCCUUUUAUUUACAGUUCCUAAACUUCUUAACUGCAUUGGAUAAAUUUGGCGUAGAUUCUGGUAGUAAAGGCUGUUGAAUUGUGUUGUUAGGUAGUUAAUUUACGUAUAACAAGCGUGUUACUCUUAGCGAAAUAUUCAAACGUCCAAAUCCUGGAAUCUUUGUACGCUGGGAAACUAUUCCACCCCGUCUCAGUAGACCAUGUGUCCUGUUUCUUUUCUUUUCUUUUUUUUUUUCAAAUCAAACUGCGCAUUUUUGUUUGCAAUUUUACGGCUUUUGGUGGCAAAGAAAGAGUUGACUCCAAGACGUUUAUUUUGUAAGGUUCGUACUGCCUCGGUGUUGAUAAUGUUUUAAAUGUAAAUUAUUGAACAAGUCACUUGCUUGAGAUGUAGCCUGUUUAUCAUUCAAAAGCAGAAUAACUGUUGGCCAGCUUUGUUUUUGUGCGGGGGAGGGGUCAGGUAGGAUGGGGGCCCCCUUUCUAUAAAGGCGGUAACGAAAACUAUUUGAGGAAGAUGAAGUCAUAAAGAAUAACGAUGUCAUCGAAAUGUCUCAAGAAUUCUUGUCCAUUAUUGUAGCUUUGAUGCGAAUGUGGCUUGAGACCGUGUAGAGAUCAAUGUAAGUGCCUUUUGCCUAUAGUCAAUUAGUUUGUUGCUUUGUUUUAUCGUUUGGCAGUACGAACCGUCAUUUAUUGUUGUCAUUUCUAGUCAUUUACUCAUAUGUGUGUUAUAGUUAUUGGUGAAGGGAUUGGUAUUUUACAGUAUUUACACAUUUGGUAAUCUUUUUUCGAGUUUCCAAUGAUUUUCAUGUUAUUAGUUACAAUUGAAUCAUUUAUUAUCGCUCUUUGAUCGCUAAUCUCUGGUGAAAUCAGCCUACUGAUCUUGCUUGGUUUGAGCAACCAAGUUAAAAGCUAAGAGAGUUUUUGAAGCUGCAGUUCUCCUAAAGUCAAAAACAAGAGUGGAGAUGAGUAUUGUUUGACAGUAAUUUCGG